CUCAUCCUUGCUCAAGCCCUUCCCCGCUGCGAUGGACGUUGCGCGCGCCGCUUCUGCUUCCGCCGAUGGCGAGAGCUACGAGGAGGAGGAGGAGAUCAUCGAGGAAUCCAUCCCCACUCUCCCAGAUGUGCUGGUGCGCAGAGCCGACCUCGACGACGCCUACGCCGUGGCGGCCCUCCUGCAGGCAGUGCAGCAGGGCCCGCCCAACACCGAGGCCACCACUGCUGGCAGCGACCCCGUCCGGUCCUUCCCCCACUUCGGUCUGCAGAGCACGUCGAGCGACAGCAUUGCAAAGACCAUUGAGACGGCCUUCCUGUCGGUGGUGGCCGAGGACAAGGAGGGCCACAUGGUGGGGUUCUGCUCGCUGGAGGAGAAGCCGCCCGUGCUGGGUGCGGGGUAUCUGGCGUCGGAGGAUGAGUUUGACGACAGUGAGGAGCGGCGGCUGGGUCGGCUGCAGCAGCUGAGCCAGUGGGAGCGGCUGUACAGCGAGUGGGUGGAUGAGGACAAUGUCGAGGAGGGGCCGGAGGUGCGGGUCAAGUCCAAGAAGGACGAUGAGGACGACGCGCGGCCGCCGCUGCCGAAGAGCAGGACUGUGCCCACCAACUCGCUGUGGCUGACCAACUUUGUGGCCCAGUCGGGGUAUGAGCACGACAUACUCCGGAAGAUGAUCAGGGCCGUUCUGGCCACACGACCCGAGACACACAAUAUUCUGCUCUUUGUCAAGUACGGAGGAGGGAGGCGAUUGGUGUCUCCUCCCCGUCUGUCUGUCUGUCUCGCUUACUUAUAGGUAUGUCUGCGUGUCAGGUUUGGUGAGGAGGCUGAGGCGCUGCGUCUGUGUCACAAUGUGUUUCACAACCUGCCCAUCCGGGAUGAGCCCAAGAUGCCCCCAACCGUCUCCUCGUUCGACGCAACUCCCAAACCUGAAGGCACGCUGUGGAGGUCAACUCAACUCAACACACACAUAAAGAUCUUGACGGGAGGAGAGAGCGACGGAGCGAGCCGCGCAUCGCAUCGCACACGUGUAGAUGUAUGUGUGUGGGUGUGUUGGUCGUUGCAGAUGUCGGCGCACCGCGCCGUGGUGUGUGCCGCCUUUGUACGUCCGUAUAGCUGAGGUGGAGGACCACGAUGAGCUGGUGGACGUCUUCGACAAGCAGAGCGAAGUCAUCACACAAAUCUACGGCGACUACUUCAUCGCCGAGCUCAUCGAGGGCCAGAACAGCGACAACCGUGCGCUGGUGGCGGAGGUGGACGGCCGUGCUGUGGGGCUGAUGUGCCUGACGUCCGACGUGGACAUCAACAUCCUCUCCCAGUGCUUCCAGCUCGAGCCCUUUGACAACCUCGUCAGACCGCAGUACAUGGACCGAAUCAGAGACAGACUCGUAAGCCAACAAGCCUCCCUUCCCCCUUCCACCAUACGCCUCUGUCUCUCUCUCUCUCUCUCUCCGGAUGUACUGAUCAGCAAGAGAUCCAGCUUCGCGACGAGGGUGUGAUGGAGAGCGACGAGGAGGACAAUGACGAUGAGGGGUCGUUCGAGGGCCGGACUGACAUCCCCGAGCCUGCGCCGGGCGAUGCGCUUCUGGCGGCCUUCAAGUUGGUGGAGGAGGAGGAGGAGGGCGGCAUCGAAAAACUCAUCGAACGGAUACCACGCAACGACGAGGGACAAAUCAGUGCGGUAGGGGGCUUGGGUGGGGGCGCACCGGAGGGAGGUGUCUCUGCCCUUCUGCUGUUUGUACGUGUGUGAUGUCUUGUAUGUGUGUGUGUGUGUGUGUGCAGGUGAGCAUGUUGCAGACGCUUCAGAUGGUUGAUUUGGGUGAGGAGAUCGCCGACCAGAUCGACUUCGCCGACUCACUCAUGCUCAUACUCUGGCAGGUAGGGAGGGAUGGGGGCAAGCUAAGCUACACACAUCCAUCCAUCCAUCCAUCCACGCCCGUACGACACACGGACGGGGUGUGGUGUAGGUGGCCUUCACAGAGCCAAUGCUCGACGGCCAGUCCAUCGUGGAGCCCGAGCGCGUCGUCAGCGCCAUCCAUACCUUCCAAAAAGUCACACUCACAGAGGUAGGCCAGGCAGGUACGCUGCACAUAGGCACAAUGACAUGACACACACCAACCAACCAACCAACCACCACUCACAUCCCCUGUUCCCUCCCCUCCACUCAGCGCAAGCGCCUCGGCAAGCUGCUGCUUGAGCGGUGGUCCGACGUGGAGUCGGCGUAUGAGGCAGUGGACGACACCAAAGACACCACGGCGGCCAUCGGUGACGACAGCCCUGCUGCUGCUGCUGGUGGUGGUGGUGAGGGCAGCCCCGAGAUGCUCACGGACGCGGCCAGGGAGGGAGGUGGGGGUGCGUUGGAGGACGAGGGCGGCCGUGAGGAGGAGGAGGAGGACGAGGCGGAGGGUGCGAGGAUCCUGCUGGUGCUGCUACGGCUGGGUGACAAGGGGAUCCUCACACACGAGGAGAUAGUGCAUUUGGUGGCGGCCUUUCACUGGUGGGGGGACAUCUCCAUCCUUUACCCCAUCUCACGGGCGUCACUGAAAACACUCAGGGUGAGUCGGGGCGGGGCGGGGGAGACAGCGCCCCGCAGUGUCCGUUCAUCUAUCUCACUGUGUCUCUGUUUUGUAUUGUAUGUGUGUGCCUGUGUUGUGUGUCAGGUCACGUGUGAGCGUCUGGCUCGUGGCGAGGAGGAGUAUCUGCUGCUGCACCACGGCAGCCCCAUGUGGCUCACUUUCGUACCCGACGAGGAGAAGAACGCAUUCUGCAUCAACCUUUUCGGACUCGAAAGCACGGUAGGUAGGUACGGUCGGUACCUAUGCGACCGACCGACCAAGUGGUCACUCACUCACAAACACGCCCCCUCCCCGUGCGGUGUGUGCCCUGCGGGUGUGCCUUGCCUGCAGCACCAAGCCCAGGCCGUCGAUUUCCUGCAGCCCGCCUUCUCGCUGUACCCGACGAAGGAGUACUGCAUCCUGACGCAGCCCACCACGGCGCCCCCCUCCCCGCUGCUGGCCGCUUUCUCCCUGAUCCCCGCCCGUCCCACGAGCACCUUCAGCCACGCCCUCUACCUCCUCCACAGGUCCGCCCUGCUGCACAUCAGCCCGCCCAUCGUGCGGCCCAUCGCCCCCCCUGACCUGAGGGAGCUCGACAUCCUCACCAGCGGGCUGAGCGAGGACAUACGCGACUGCCUCUUCGACAUUGCGCAUGAGCUCCUCUACAUACCCAGGACAAAGGACACAGAAAGAGACAAAGACAGAGAGGAGGAAGAUGGCAAUGAUGACGGCGAGGAGGGAGGGGAGGAGGAGGGAGAGGGAGAGGACGGUGCAGCUGAAGGGGGGAGAGAGGGGCGGAGUAAGAAUUCUGGGAGUGAUUUGGCACCCUUGGAGGUAUCGGGCGGGCCGGGCUCGGCGGGCAACCCGCACCGCAAGAUGCUGGUCGUGUUUGUGGAGGGACAGCUGGUGGCCAUCCUGGAGGCCACGCGCUUGUCUGCCGUCGAGAUCGAAGCGUACAAAAGGUGGGUGAUCAACACACCAAUUCGCCGGCCACAAGACAUCCCCUCUCCGUCUCUGCGUGUGUGCGUGUGUGCGUGACGACCACCUCAGCCACUACUACGUUGAGGAUUUCUUCAUCCCGGACUUCUACGCUCCGUCGAGCCACAUCCGUGUGGACCGCUGGCUGCUGAACCCCGCCUUCCAGCCGCUGAUCCGCACAAUACUGCGGGAGACACUCAGGUGGAUGGGCGGCAGUGUGCUCUACAUGGAGCAGCCCAUCGACUGCCCCGCACCCCCCGUCAUCUCGGAACUCAUACAGGUGCCUUAAGGCCUUGCUGUUUGUUUUGUUCUCAGUGAGAGAGCAGAUGGGACAGACACGUGUGUAUGUGUGUGUGCAGGUGGCCCCACGUCACUUCCCCACGCUUAAGAAGCUGGAGACGGGCUACAUCAGCGGCAAAAGCAAAAACAAGAACCCUUACGUCACCAAGGAACCUUUCGCGAGUCAGUCAGAGAACCAGCCAAACCGAGCUGACGGACACGAGACAGGAGACACACGACACACAAGCCUUCUCCGGUGUGUGUAUGUCUGUCAGAUCAGUCUCCCGCUGACUUGAAGGGUCUGCUUGCGACCCGCUCAAUGGAGUUCGAGCGACACCAGUACCUCAAGCAGCAGGCGGCCCUCUACUAUGACGAGGAGUCGGGCCAGGCCACACACCAGCUAUACCAACACAGGGGAGCCUCACUCGUCCCCAAGCGGCUACUCAGCGACCGCAAGCUGCCCGUCACUGCACGGAUUGUCGUCGUCGGCGCGUCGGACGCAGGUGCGAAUGCAUUCGUCGAAUGCGCUCUGAUGACAUCCAUUAUUCCAUUUGUGUGUGUAUUGGGUUGGGUUGGGUUGGGUGUUUAUAUGUUAUGUGCAGGUCUGUCUGUGUUGGAGUCUCUGCUGUCUCUGCCGCACCUGUCGUUCAAGUCCCUGGCUUUGCUGGCGCCCGGGGGUCUGCCAUACGGCGACACCCAGCACUCGCCACUGCUCGCAUCCAGCGGGGCCUACAACUUCGAUGACCUCAGGUGCACACACAAUUCCGUCCGUAUACAUACACACACAAGGGUGCGGUGCCCACCUUCACACUUGUGAGUGGAGUGCAGGCUGCAGCUGUUUGAGUUGCGUGUCCGUGUGCUGGACUCCCGCAUGGUGAGCCUCGAUCGCAAGAACGGCACUGUGGGGCUGCAAGACGGAUCACAGCUCCCAUACGACACACUCGUUCUCGCCGCAGGACUGCAGGUUUGUUAUGGCAGCCAGCCAGGCCACCCACACACGCACACACGAUGGAUGCGGGAUGUGUGAUGUGUGGAUGUUAUGUGAAUGAAAGGACGAUGCGCUCAACGCCAUGAAGAUCCGCAGCUGGGGCAUCGAGACGGGACCGACAGGGCCGUUCGCAGUGCGCGAGCCGUCGCCGUACAGCCAGCCGAUGGGCGAGGGCCACUCGGGCGCCACUGGUAAGGCGUCCGACGUGCCGCUGCCCGAGGGCUUCAGGCGGCUGAAUGGAGCCAUCUCAUCCGCAGACCCCACACUGAGGGAACUGCUCAUUGAGGGAGGUGGGUGAGCAGAGAGAAUACAGAACAGACAGGAGGCUGUGGAUGGAUAACAAUGUCGCCUGUGUGUGUGGGUGCGGUGCAGGUGUGUUGAUGAAGAGUCUGAUAUGGAAUCCGCUGUCCUACGCCGUGGUGUACGGGAGGUCCCUCGACGCCUACUGCCUGGUGCAGGGCCUGCUCCUCAGGAAGGUCCCACCCAAGAAACUCAUUCUCGUCCUGCCACCGAGGUGGGUGCGCCCACCAUUAAUGCACAGGACACAGCCCACACAAUGCAGUCACCCUGACCUGUCCCCCCCCCCGUCCCCACCUCUCACCCACACAGAGAGGAGGACCUGCCAGCGACCGAGCUGGCCAGCCGGCCACAGCUGGCGUGUGAGGCCUUCCGUCGCGGAGAUGCUGUUGAGCAACGUAUUCACGAGCUGCUGAGCAACCUUGGUGUGAGGGUGCUGGAGAACUUCAAGCUCUGCGGCGUGCAGCAGGACCCCAGGCAGCGGCUCAAGGGCAUCAUACUCGAAGACUACAACCUCACGCUGGUCAGACACCCACCAACCCACCAAGCCACCCACCAGCACACAGAAGGGAGGGACAAGAUGACACGUCUCCCUCUCUCUCUCUCUCUGUGUGUCAGGAUGAGGCGCGCACUGUGGCCGAACAGCUCGCAUCCGCCGAUGCAGAGGACAAGGGCGGCUCCAACGUGCCCCCUCCAUCGGGAUUCGGCAAGUCGGCCCCCCCUCCCCCGCCCCAGGACAAGAAGCGCCACGGUGGCAACCAGCUGGAGCUGCUUGACUAUGACAUGUCGGUGGGGCGGGUCAGGAGAACGCUCGCCUGUCGGCUGCUGGUGACGGCUGACGCUCGCAACGUGGACCCCGAUGUGUUUGCGGCCGUGCACAGCAACGGGCUGGUCUAUGACGGCAGACUCAUCGUAGACCACACCUUCAAGGUCAGGGCGCACUGGACCAUGCGGUGCUGGCUGGUUCUGGCGGUUGAUAGAUGUGCUGUGGGGUGGUGUAAUGUGGGUGUGUGUCAGACGACGGACGAGAAGAUCUACGGCGCCGGCAGCCUGUGUGAGUUCUGCCGUCGGUACCGCGUCAGGCGGGACGCUUCGCUCAGACAUGACGGAUUCAACGGACGAGAAGUAAACAAAACAAGCACGGGAAAUGUAUGUAUGCGCCGCAUCCUUCUCUCUGGUGUCCCGUCCUCUGCCUACCAGAUCGGUCAGCGCCUCGCCGAGUCCCUCUGUCGGUACUGCGACCCCAUCUACGGCGACCAGCCGUCCCUCCUGCGUCAAGACCCCCGCCUCAUCCUCCAGACCCCUAGGCGAGAGGGCGCCAUCACGCCAGGCUCUCGGGCGGGCCACCGCUCCCCCCGACCCCCCUCAUCGGCCGACGCGGGGAGGCUCGCGCGUAUCGGCAGCGACGAGCUGCCGCAGUUUGGUCUGCCCGUGGGGCGGUGUGGGCUGCUGCCCGGCAACCUGCACUACUACCACAUCAGGGGCUGCAAACCAGACCUCAACGCGUAUGCCUAUGUCACACAUAAGAGAGAGAGAGAGGGAGAGACCACGACCAUUUGUUGUGGUGGGGUUCAGGCCGGUGUCUCGCGAGCUGGAGCACCAGCGUGCCGACGGUGAGGAGGAGAUCACGACCGACACGCUCAAGGUGCAGCUGCCGGGCCAUGGGCACAAGUCGGACAGGCAGGCCGAGGGCGAGGGCCACUUCUGCAGAGCCGCCGUCGACAAACUCGGCAGAAUCGCUUCACUCACAUACAUCGGUAUUGAGGACCGACAAGUCAAUCGUCCAGUAGGCCGUGUCUCUUUCAUGUGUGUGUUUGUGUGUAGGGUUUGAGGAGUUGGAGAUGCCGUCCCUCUGGAGUUUGGUUGGUCUGUCUCUUGCGUACUUCAACAACCUCAAGGCCCGGCACGCCACGGGGGACAUCCCCGACCUUGUCGACUUCCUCUCAGAGGGAUGGGCCACCGCCCUUUUCCAUGACGGGUGGGUGGGUGGUGGGUGGCCAAGCAACGUUUGUCCCAAUGUGAUGUGUGCUGUGCUGCGCUUGCAGGUUUGCGGACAUGUGGCAGCGGCUCAAGGCCGAGAUCGCGCAAAUGCCCGAGAUACAAGCCAUCCUCUCAAAGGUGAGCCACAGAGACGGUCGAGACUGGCUGUGCGUCUGUGGCACCUUUCACUCAUCGUUGGAUAUCGGAUGGAUCAUCAGGCCCUGGCGCCGUUUGCGUUGCCCGCGGAGCCGACAGUGGAGACGGUGCGGCCACACUUGCCCCCGGCCACUUUGAAUGAGCUGCGGAGCCAGUUCCCUGCGAGCUGCAGCAGGGCGGUGGAGGACUCUUUGCUGGCUUACCUGAGGAGACACACCAACCACAUGAAGGACUACUUCCUGCAGGAACAGUGGUCACAAUGACAAAUGACAUGGUCGAGGGGCUUGUUGCUCUGAG